UACCGCGUAUUUCUACACGUGCUAGCAAGCUAUCUACGUGUUGUACAGUGAAGAUACGUUAAUUUGUUGAAAUUUUUAACACUUUUCAGUGUUCACAUAUCAAACAUGGUGCGUCUUGCUAAAAAAGAAACUACAGAGAAAAAGAUCGUCUCAAAAAGCGUAGUUGAGAAAGUUGAAAAAACAAAAAACAAAUUGCAAAAUGCUAUGAGUAAGAAGCAGAAAAAGGUUCUGUCCAAAAAUUUUAUACGAUUACCAGAGGUAGAAGACAUAGGAAAAGAGAAAACUCCAAAGAGCUUAGUUUCAAAAGCAUUUCAACCUAAAGUUAAAUUGAAUAAAAAAAAAUCAAACGGUAUUGAGAAAAAUGAUGUCUCAAAACCUGUCAUUCAAGAAACAAAUAAAACAAACAAGAAAACCAAUGUUACGAGUAAUAAACAACAAAAAUUACCAACAAAAGUUGUAGCACCAGUAACGAAAGCAGAAAAGGAAAAGAAAAGUCAAGUAGCAACUGGAAAAACUUCUACAAGCUCUGCUUCAAAUGGGUCUCAAACCAAAAGCCUUUCAAAUAAGAAAAUGGCUAAAACAAAUGGUGUUGAGAAAAAAGAUGUCUUAAAAGGUGUAGCUACGAAGAUUGAGAAAACCAAAAACAAAUCAUCAAAUGUUCUAAACAAGAAACAGGAAAUGUUAGCAAAAAAUAUUGCCAGUUCUAUUUCAAAAGGACCUCAGCUUAAAAGCCAAUCAAAGAAACAAAUGGGUGAGGCAAAGAAUGUUGAGAAAAAAGAUACCUCAAAACCUGUCAUUAAAAAAAUUGAGGUAAUAGAAAACAAAAUAACUAAUGUUGGGAAAAAGAAACAGAAAAAAUCAGCACCAAAAAAUGCUGCAUCAGUACCAAAAGCUGAUAAAGUAGCAACAGAAGAAAUUCUGACAAGCUGUACUUCUGAAGAGUCUCAAUCUGAUAGUCUAUUAAAUAAAAAAAUGCUUUUGAAAUGUGUUCAAGCACUUCUAAAAGUUUCAUCAAGUGCUGAAGAACAAAAGAAAAAUUUAUUCCAAGACGAAGCAUCAAAAAUUCAUCUUCAAAUUGUUAGUAUCAAAGUACCAAAAGUCCCACUUCAUCAACACAGAAUUACACUACCUAACAGUUUGGUCACAUCAACUGAUGAUGUUGCAUUAUUUGUAGCAGAUUUGAAUCGUGGACGAAAAAGACCGGUUAAAGAUAGUAUUGACCAUGCUCAAGAUUUCUUGAAAGCACAAGGUGUUGAACGUCCUAUUGCAGUUUAUUCAAUUAAUCAAGUGAAAACUGAGUUCAGAGAAUUUGAAUUAAGGCGAAAACUUGUACACUCCCAUGAUUUCUUUUUGGUUGAUGGCCGAAUUGCUGGACAUAUGUCUCAUUUGUUAGGUAAACAAUUUAGGCUAAAAAGAAAAUGUCCAGUGCCAAUCCAUUUUGAUAAAUCAGUAAAAGAAGAAAUCAAUAGGGCCUUGCAUAAAACAACCUUGCAAAUUCAUGCUGUUGGAAAUUCCAGUACUGUUGAAAUUGGUCAUACUGCAAUGAGCCCUAAACAAAUCAUUCAAAAUAUAUUGGCAGUAGCUGAUGAUUUGGCUAAACAUUUCCCUGGUGGUUGGGAAAAUAUUAGUGCUCUGAGAAUAAAAACUCCUCUGAGUUUGUCUAUUCCUAUUUAUAUGUCAUUAAAAAAUAAAAAUGAUGUACCAGUACCUGUAAUAGAGCCUAAACGACCAAAGAAUUAUAAAGAAGUUGAAGGAGAAUUGUCAACUUAUAAAUCAAAUGUAAAAGUUUUGGUCGCACCUGAUGGUACAUGUAUGGUCCUGAAAAAAGAAAAUGAAAAGAAAACCAAUGAAAGUGAAGCUAAAAAAAAUGAAAAAGCAAGUGCCAAUAAAUUAGAUGAAGAAGAUGAUUGUAUGUCUGAGGAUUCCAAUGAGGACGAUGAAUCUCUAGAUAUUGAUUCCGAUGAUUUGGAUGAUUCUGAUCAGGUUGAGAAUGAGGACGAUGACGAUGAAGAUGAUGAUGAUGAUGAUGAUGAUGAUGAUGAUGAUGAAGACGAAGAUGAUGAUGAGGAGGAUGAUGAAGAUGAUGAGGACGAUGAUGAUGAAGACGAUGAAUCUGAUCAAUCCAUAGAUAUGGAUUCUGAUUCUGAUGAAUAAUCACUUUCUGAUGACUUAUCAACACUAGCUGUCUUAUGACUUGUAAAUUUGUAAAUAUAUCUAUAAGUAGUUAGAUGAAAACAAAAAAUAA